CCCAGCAAGACAGUAAAGUUAUCGCAAACCUUAUUAGUACCUCAGCAAGACGUAUCUAGAUAGAACGCCGCGUUUUACCAAGCCAAUCAACAUGGUCAGCAGCACUAGCCCAAAACCCUCUUAUCAUCUCUGUCCCGACUUUUCUAUUGCGCCCCCGCCCGAUGGUCAUCUGACCCUCGGCUCGGUUCUUGAAAGCCUCGAUGUCGAUGGGGUAGCUCAUCCACUUAACAUCAAUGCCGCCAGAGAAAUCCCAGCAGAGCACAUUUUCCCCCGCAAUGGGCCUGACUCGAAGACUGGCUUUACGCGAACUCUGAAGGAACUAAGAUCCGUGGAAGCAAGCAUCUGGGCCAAAAUCUUCAGCCUCCAAGGGCUUGGUGGCACCUUCAACUUUCUGAACAAGCGAACGGAUGAUGAAAGUCUGACCGUCGAAGAAAUCCAAACCCGAUACUUCAGCCCAACCGAGGAAUACAUGACAAAAAGCUUGGAGCUUCCGGAUGUGGCCAGCUUCGUCACCGUUACACAGAAGAAGUUUCCGGUGUAUAUGGUGACAGGCUUGAAGAUUGCGAUCGGAGCAAAGCUAUCUCGGGUCGAGAGUAAGACCAAGAAUGUCAAAGCCGAGAUAGGAGCUUCAGACCCCCAGGGCAUGGUGUCAGCUGGUGGCACCGGGGGUUACACGAGUGAGAAUACCUCUGCUAUGGGUUUCGAUGGCUCUACACCCUUUGUUCUGGGUAUACGCGUUCGUAAGAUCUGGUGGGAGAAGGGUGUAAGGAAAACAUCUGACAAGGUUGCUGGUGUGGCCUUGGAUAAUGGAGGGGCUCAAGACAAGGUCAGCCCUGUUUCAGGUGCAAGAUUUGUUGAAGAUUUCCUGGUCGAUGACGGCGAAAAGCCUCCCGCUGGGAAAGUAUUUGCAAAUGAGACUGAUGAUCUGGGAAUUGAACCAUCGAACUGGGCUUUGCCUUGAGAAAACUUACUCAAUCGGAACGGAAUUUUACAGCUUUGUUGACGUGAAGAAUGUGGAGGCUAUAUUUAUUACGAUAACUAGAAUUUAAACACCUCCGUAGUUAG